CACACGAAAGAGAAGAAAACCCAAACGAUGACAUAUUGACACUUGGAGCCCUCCAACAACUACUUCUUUCUUAGAUUAAAAUUCAAUUCUAACCUUCCUCCCACUCCCUUUUUAUAUCAUCUUGAUCAUUUAUUGAUCGAGUAGCUAGACAAAUUAUAUUUAGAAAAUUUGAAUAAGCUAGCUAGGUUGUUCUUAGUCUUGGAGCCGUUUUUCUUUGAAUAAUGUGGAAGGUCACUCCUUCAAGAUCUUUAGUCAUUAGGAUCAAUCUAGUUUUCAUAGCCUGCUUUCUUAUUAUUUAUGCCACCCUCCUUCUCCGGCCAUCAACCUCCGUCGUCUACCACGAAAGUGCAACGGCUUAUGUUCGUUGCUCUCUUCGUGAUUGUCAUCACAAGGUGGAAACCGGAUACAAGAUGAAAGCGGUGUUAUUGGAAGAUCCAAUCGAGUUAAAUAGGAAUGAUCAAUCAAAUAAACAUAGUGGAAGGAAGAUGGUGAAAAGAGAGAGGCCAAGUUUCUUGAAUUCAAGUGGUUUUAUGGGAAUGGGAAUGAGGAUAGGGAUUGUGAAUAUGGAGAAUGAGGAUUUAAGUGAUUGGAAUGUGCUUGGAAAGACUAUCCCAAUCAAGUUUGAAAAGGUAUCAAAUUACUUCGAAUGGAAAGAUUUGUUUCCCGAAUGGAUUGAUGAAGAAGAAGAAAUGCAUGGAACAUUGUGUCCCGAGGUUCCAAUGCCGGAUUACAAAAAAUAUGGAUACAUGGAUAUGAUAGUAGUGAAUAUACCAUGCAAGUUUCCGGAGGAAGGGUGGGCGAGAGAUGUGUUUAGGUUGCAAUUGCAUCUAAUCGCGGCGAAUAUGGUGGUAAGGAGAGGGAGGAAGAGUUGGAAUAGGAAGCCAAAGGUGGUUGUUUUGAGCAAAUGCCGGCCAAUGGUUGAGAUUUUCCGGUGUGAUGAUUUGUUGGUGCAUGAUGGUGAUUGGUGGUAUUAUGAACCUGAUAUGAAGAGAUUGGAACAAAAGGUUUUUUUGCCUGUUGGAACUUGUCAUUUGGCUUUGCCUCUAUGGGACAAAGGAAUUGAUGAAGUAUACGACGUACAAAAGAUUCAAAAAACCAACACAAGAAGUAAAUCAACAAAGAGAGAAGCCUACGCCACGGUUCUUCACUCAACUGAAUCUUACGUUUGUGGUGCUAUCAUGUUAGCCCAAUCCCUCUUAAAAACCGGAACCAACCGCGAUCUCAUUCUCCUCAUAGACACCUCAAUCUCCAUUGCCAAACGCCAGGCUUUAGCCGCGGCUGGUUGGACCAUAAGAAUCAUUGAACGUAUUCGCAACCCACGAGCUGAAAAUGGUACUUACAAUGAGUUCAACUAUAGCAAGUUUCGUUUAUGGCAACUAACGGACUACGAUAAAAUCAUAUUCAUCGACUCAGACAUCAUUGUCCUACGAAACCUUGACCUCGUGUUCUCGUUCCCUCAAAUGUCGGCCGUUGGUAACGAUAAUUCUAUUUUCAAUUCGGGUAUUAUGGUUAUUGAACCAUCUAAUUGUACUUUCGUGUAUUUCAUGCAACAAACAAACGAGAUUGUUUCGUAUAAUGGUGGUGAUCAAGGAUUUUUAAACGAGAUUUUCGUGUAUUGGCAUAGAUUACCAAGAAGGGUUAACUUCUUGAAGAAUUUUUGGUCAAAUACGACGGUCGAAUCUAGUAUGAAAAACCAGUUGUUUGGGGCUGAUCCACCUAAGCUUUACGCGAUACAUUACUUGGGGCUCAAGCCAUGGUUAUGUUAUAGAGAUUAUGAUUGUAAUUGGGAUAUUGAUGAUCAAAGAGUGUAUGCGAGUGACGUGGCACAUCGGACUUGGUGGAAGCUCCAUGACACUAUUGAUGAUGAGAGCUUGAAAAGCCAUUGUAAUUUAUCGAAGCAAAGGAAGAUCGAGCUGAAAUGGGAUCGAAUGCAAGCCAAGAAAAUCGGGUUUGCAGAUGAGCAUUGGAAGAUCAACGUUACGGAUCCAAGAAGACGAGGUUGAUCAUAGUUAUUGAUCGAGUUAUUUUCUUGAUGAUCGAUGAUUAUUUUGAUGUUUUGAUUUUGGUCAGGUUUGGAUGUAUCAAUCUUUUAUUGUAGUGAAUAUUCUUGAUGUACAUAGGGAAUUGAAGGUUUAUAUAUAUAUGCUUUGUACGGUUUAAUAAAUUUUACCCAUACUUCAAAUUUUAUUUA